GCGCUGCCAUUGGGCGGUGGUGCUGAGCGGCGUGGGCAGCGACCAGUGGGGAGGGGACGCCGGCUUACCGCGCGCAGUUCGGAGCCAUGGUGGCGGCGGGCGGCGCGGCCGGGCCCGACUCGCCCCCGACGUUCAACCCGCGGCGGCGAUCGCGGCACCAGGGCCUGGAAGAGGCGGUGACACUGGAGAAGGUGCUGGGAAUCACCGCCCAGACCAGCAGCGGCUUGGCCUGCGACCCGGCCACGGGGCUGCUCGCCUACCCCGCCGGGUGCGUCGUUGUCAUCCUGAAUCCCCGGGAGAACACGCAGAGACACAUCUUGAACACCUCCAGGAAAACCCUCAGCGCGUUGGCCUUCUCGCCCGACGGGAAGCUCAUCGUCACCGGAGAGAACGGGCACCGACCCGCCGUCCGCGUCUGGGAGGUGGAGGACCGGGCGCAGGUCUCGGCGUUGCACGGUCACAAGUACGGCGUGGCUUGCGUCGCCUUCUCCCCCAGCGCCAAGUACCUGGUGUCGGUGGGGUACCCCCACGACAUGGUGGUCAACGUUUGGGACUGGAAGGUGAGUUUCGGCCAAAGCGAGCUGGCUUCAACCAGCCUCAGAUCGGGGAGAAAACAGCCCUUUUCCAUCUUUUCACCCAAUUUCUUACGGCUCCGGGUUUUCGGUUCACGCCGCCACCGCGUCUUUCUUUCGGAGCAGAAAGAUUCCCUGGUCGCCUCGAAUAAGGUGUCCUGCAAGGUGACGGCCGUGUCCUUCUCCGAGGACAGCUAUUUUGUCACCGUGGGGCACCGCCACGUCAAAUUCUGGUUCCUGGACUCCUCGAGGGAGCUGAAGGUCAACGAGACGGUGCCGCUGGUGGGACGCUCGGGGCUGCUGGGGCAGCUCCACGACAACGUUUUCUGCGGCGUGGCCUGCGGGCGAGGGCUGAUGGCGGGCAGCACCUUCUGCGUCUCCUCCUCGGGGCUGCUCUGCCAGUUCAACGGGAAGCGGGUGCUGGAGAAAUGGAUCAUCCUGAAGGUGCCGCUGGCAAACUGCCUCUGCCUCAGCGAGGAGCUGAUAUUUUGCGGCUGCGCCGACGGCACCGUCAGGAUUUUCCAAGCUCGCGACAUGCGUUACCUGAGCGACCUCCCCAAACCUCAUCCCCUGGGCGUGGACGUCACCCGGGCUCCCCCACCGAGGCGACCAGACCUGGUCUACCCCGACACCAUCGCCUUGGCCUACGACGCCUGCAACCGCUGGCUGUCCUGCGUCUACAAAGACCACAGCAUCUACGUCUGGGACGUCGGGGACCUGCGCCGCAUCAGGAAAGUCUGGUCGGACCUUUUCCACAGCUCCUUCGUCUGGAGCGUCGAGGUGUACCCCGAAUUCGAGGAGCAGAGAUCCUGUCUGCCUCCCGGCUCCUUCCUGACGUGCUCCUCGGACAACACCAUCCGCGCCUGGGCCCUGGAAAGCGGCUCCACGCGCCCUGCCCAGGGCGACACCUACAGCACGACCCUGCUGAACGUCAUCUACGUGGACAACAACACGCAGCACCUCCAGGACUCCUCCAGCGCGCCCAACCGAAGCGAGACCCUGGGUCACCUCGACGUCAAGUCCGGGGUGAGGGUGAUGCAGGUCAGCCCCAACGGGGAACACCUGGCAUCGGGGGACAGAGGAGGAACCCUCAGGAUACACGAGCUGCAGUUCAUGCAGGAGGUGGCUAAAGUGGAGGCUCACGAUUCGGAAGUUCUCUGCUUGGAGUACUCGAAGCCGGAGACCGGAGCAGCGCUGCUGGCUUCGGCGAGCAGAGACAGGCUGAUCCACAUCUUGAACGUAGACAACAACUACAAGCUGGAGCAAACCCUGGAUGAUCACUCCUCCGCGAUAACAUCCGUCAAAUUUGGGGGCAACGGGGACAUUCAGCUGAUAAGCUGCGGCGCCGAUAAAAGCAUUUAUUUCCGCAAUGCUCAAAAGCUGGCGGAUGGCUUCAGUUUCGUCAGGAUGCACCACGUCGCCGAGAAAACCACCCUGUACGACAUGGACAUCGACAUCACGCAGAAAUACGUCGCUGUCGCCUGCCAGGACAGAAACGUCAGGGUGUACAACACGGCCAACGGGAAGCAAAAGUGCUGCUACAAGGGCUCGCAAGGCGACGACGGCUCCUUGCUGAAGGUGCAGUUGGAUCCCUCGGGCACCUUCCUGGCGACGAGCUGCUCUGACAAAAGCAUCGCCCUCAUCGACUUCCGCUCCGGCGAGAGCGUGGCCACCGUGUUCGGCCAUUCAGAAAUAGUCACGGGGAUGCGGUUCACCUACGACUGCAAGCACCUCAUCACCGUCUCGGGAGACAGCUGCAUCUUUAUUUGGCGCCUGGGCCUUGAAAUCACCAGCAGCAUGAAGCAACACUUGCUGGAGCUCGACCUGCUGCAGCCAAAGCGGGAGAAGGAACCCGGUUCCACGGAGCAGCUCGGACCGGAGAGCUACGCCACGAUCCCCGGCGGGACGGCAGCCCCCGGACCUUCCGACGAGGAGCCCGAGGAGGAGCGGGACGCCGCCUCGACCCUGCAGACCCCCUGCAAGGAGGAUUUGGAGCCGCCUCCGGCGUGCGUCCUAACCAACGGCAGGCUGCCCAUGUGGGCCAAGAGGCUGCUGGGAGAGGUAGAGGAGGGCGACAGGGCGGCUGCCAUCCCCCCCUGGAGCUACCGGCCGCGGGGGCGAUGGGCAGAACGCGCCGAGAGGGGCCCCAUCAAGACUUUGCCGGCGGCGGAUCCCGCCUAUUUCACCCCCCUCAAACCCCCUCGCCUCGAGGGCGACGCGGAGCUGGACCCCAGCAGCCUGGAGCAGCUACUUUCAGAGGCAGAGAGCUCUCCCAGCGAUCUCACCGAGGACUUCCAGCUCUCCGAGCUCCUCCUGGAUGAGGAAAUCAACGGGGGACUGGAAUUGCUGGGUAUGACCAGGACCAGCCCGGAGGAGCUGCGCGUGCCGGCGGUGAGCAGGCGACACGCGACCGAGCCGCCGCCGCGCCCCGCGUCCCCGGAGGAGCUCGGGCACGGCCGGGAGGGCGCCUCGCCCCGCGUCUCGCUCUGCCUCCCGAUGCCGGCGCCGCGUUUCCAGCCCGAAGACGAGGACUCGGCGGGCUCUGCUGGGGAGGCGGAGGAGGCGGAGAACCCGGUGCUGAGCAGCUCCCAGCCCCAGACCCCCGAGCAGGAGAAGUACCUCAAGCAGCACUUUGAGACGCUGGCGGACACCGAAGAGAAAUUCGACGGCUCCUUAAAGGACUUAAAACCGCCUGAACCUGGAGAUGAGGGAAAAGACUUGUUCUUGAACCCACGCCUGAGCAUUUCAGCCCGGUUCCUCUCACGCUGCCAGAAGAGCAGGCUGGCGGCCACCUUCCCCCUGUGGGCACGGCCCCGGCCCCAGAGCCCUGUCCGUGCCCAGGAGCCGCUCGGGGACCAGCCAAAAACAUCCGAGGCGCUGCGACAGGCAGAGAAACCGCUGGGUGAAAAACCUCGGGAAACGGGAGAGGAAACAAGCUCCGACACCUGCAAAUCUACAGGAUCCCACCGCCGCCUCGAGACCUUCACCGCGGCCCUGCGGCUGCUCCGCACCCACUUCCAGGAGACACUGGAGCUCUACGACCAGGUGACCCUCUGCGCGGAGGCGGAUGUCCUCCAGGCGAGGACAGCGCUGGCCGGAGCUUUUGGCUGGAUGAAAGCCGAGCUGCGCUCCCGCGGCGUCGCCUGCGGGGCCGACGCCGGCACCGACCCCCCGGCGCCGCUGCCACUGCCCCCCGAAACCCUGGAGCUGCUCCGCGCCUACUCCGACUCCCUCCUGGAAAUGGUUCGGGGGAGGCUGGGGGGGCAGCAGCCCUGAAACGCUUGAAAUCGAGGUAUCGGGGCGCCGACCCCUCUCCCCCAGCUCAUUUCUGUGUUUUUUAAACCCGUUUUUGAGCCUUUCGGAUGUAUAUUUUUCUCCAGUUUUCAUCUCAUCCCCCUCCAAGCCCCCCGAACACCCGGCAGUGGGGCAGAAGCAGCUGUCGCUGCCCAUUUAAAAGGUUGUUAAAAUAAUAAAUGUCUUUAAACCAAA